UUAUCAACCAUGGUACCCAAUUUAUUCUCAAUGGCCCAACGGUUCCCAUCGCAUCCUGAAUAAACUCUAUUUACUAUUCUCAUGUUUAGCUUUCUUAUCGAAAUAUCACCAGAAGAUUUGUCCAGCACAAGUCUACGCAUGACACAUUGAGGAUCCGCGCACAAUGACUUUAUCUGACACUACCUCCAAAGAAACGUCCUUCGAGGGGAGUUGCCACUGCAGAGAAGUACGUUUCUCUGCGAAGCUUCCAUCGCCGCUAUCGCAAGUGAAAGUGGCUUCUUGCAACUGUAGCUACUGUCAUAUUGCAGGUAGUCUGCUUGCGUUCGUGGAUGAUAUGGAAGUUCAAGGGAUAGAGUCGCUCAAGGAAUAUCGGUUUGCGUCACACACUAUCCGGAUCUUUUUCUGCGGAACCUGCGGCGCCAAUGUUUAUAACGAGUCGAUCAAUCCGAAGUUCAGAUAUGGCAAGCGCGCUCUUAAUAUGCGCCUGGUACAUGGUGUUGAUUUAGAGACCAUUGAUGUAGCCAAGGUGGAUCGUAAAAAUAUUCAACUACCACCUCUAGACCAAGAUCCUCUUUGACCCUUUCGGUCUGUCGGGCAUUCUCAAGCCCAUGAUAGUCUAUCUCAAGUGAAUUCCAAUCGAUUGAAGCAAGUGUCAUUAUCUGCAGGUUCUAGAAAUCGCCAAAAUAUAUGGUAGCAAUGUUGAUACAUAUUUAUAAACCGUACCAGGGGCUCCCAGGUGCUGUUAUUACAUCACAAAUAAUCUCUCCUGGGGAAGAAAGCUCGUCCACCG